CAUGAAAAAAGAGAAUAGAAGUUGAAAGAGGUAAUUUUCAAAUACCGUUUCCAGAUCGCCAUACUGUUAAGUUUGGAGUUGUGUCGGCCAUGAGCAGUGAAAAUCCUCCCAAGGAGCAGAAUGCUGCCGUCCGCAAGGAACAACCAUACUGGGGUUCUGGCUACUUGUAUGGUAGAAAGAUGAAGCGUGUCACCCAUGCCAGUGAGGGGGCCAUGGAAGGAAUGGAGAGCGAACAUUACUUCCAGGCCACCCAGUACAAAGUCGUGACGGCCAACUCCUUCCUGGACCAUCAGAGCAAGCUGCAUAUUGACAGCCGGCCGGGCAACGUGCGGAACACCGGAAUCAUUGCCACAAUCGGGCCAGUUUCCAGAGAAGUAAACACCCUGGAAAAAAUGAUUCAGGCAGGCAUGAACAUUGCGCGGAUGAACUUCUCUCAUGGAACUCACGAGUAUCACGCCAAGACCAUUGAAAACGUGCGUGAAGCAUCAACACGGUUCAAGUUCAACCGCAACAUCGGUAUUGCCCUCGACACCAAAGGACCCGAGAUUCGUACUGGCUUGCUGGAAGGGGGAGGGAGUGCUGAGGUCGAGCUAACCACAGGAGAAAAGAUCCGAGUCUCCUUGAAUCCAGCGCAUGCCGAGUGCGGCAAAAAAGAGCGUAUUUACGCUGACUACCCCAACAUGAGGCAAGUGCUAGAGCCAGGCGGUAUUAUCUACAUUGACGACGGACUCAUCUCCCUUGAGGUAGAAGUCAUUGGUGAUGAUUUCAUUGACUGCGACAUCGUGAAUGGAGGCAUGCUGGGGUCAAAGAAGGGCGUUAACCUCCCAGAGGCUAUCGUUGACCUGCCGGCCGUCUCUGAGAAGGACAAGUCUGAUCUAAGGUUCGGCGUGGAGCACGGGGUGGACAUGGUGUUUGCAUCGUUCAUCCGCAAGGCCUCCGAUGUCGCACAAGUGCGCAGCGUUCUCGGUGAAACCGGCAAACAUAUCGCUGUCAUCAGCAAAAUUGAGAACCACGAAGGACUACACAGAUUUGAUGAGAUUCUCGAAGCUAGCGAUGGCAUCAUGGUCGCUAGGGGCGACCUGGGCAUUGAGAUCCCGCCGGAGAAAGUCUUCCUUGCUCAGAAGAUGAUGAUCAGCCGCUGUAACCAAGUCGGCAAACCGGUCAUCUGUGCUACUCAGAUGUUGGAUAGUAUGGUCAAAAACCCUCGGCCCACUCGUGCCGAGACCAGCGACGUGGCCAAUGCCGUGCUGGACGGGGCAGACUGCGUCAUGCUGUCUGGCGAGACUGCCAAAGGGUCCUACCCUGUGGAAGCAUGUGCGAUGAUGCAUGGGAUCACCCGUGAAGCCGAGUCAGCAGUCUUCCAUCGCAUGAUGUUUGAGAAUCUUGUCCGCUCUAUUGACAUACCGACGGGUGCUGCUAUGACCAUCGCUAUCGCUGCCGUCGAGGCCUCAUUCAAAUGUCUGGCAGGUGCCAUCAUUAUCUUAUCGAAGACUGGAAGAUCUGCACACAUGGUGUCCCGCUUCCGCCCCCUGGCGCCCAUCAUCUCGGUCGUCCGUGACCCCGGGGUGGCACGCAAGAUCCAUCUGUACCGUGGCUGCUUCCCUGUCUACUUUGAGGAACCUCAAUUGGAAAACUGGCAGGACGACAUCGAUCGUCGCGUCAAGUAUGGCGUCGAGCGAGGCCUGCACAGAGGCUUCUUCAAGGAAGGGGCACCGCUGAUUGUGGUGAAUGGUUGGCGCUCUGGUGCCGGAUUUACCAACACCAUGCGCAUUCUGUACGCAUGAGGUGUCUUAUGCUCAGUCGCAUUGCAAAACUGCAUGGUUGUCAUUUUUUUCUGUUCAAAAUUUGAGAGUAAGAUUAAAAGGGAUGGUAUCGCAUUGGUAUUGGCAACAACAUUGCAUCCCUCUGUUGAAAAUCAUAAAGCGUUAGUGCUAUCGUGAGGGUCGGUUCAAACUUGUCUGAAUUCGAAUGCAAAGUUGUGAUUUCACUGCAAAUUUUAACUCUUCAAAUUUGCAACAUGUUGAGCAUUUUUCAACAGCGACGAAUGUUGUUGUGUAUGUUUUGUGGCAUAAAACUAGAUUUGCACUUUUUGUGAAGUAUGGAAAGAUCUAACCUUUUUGGCAAAAUCUGCACACGAUCGCUGCACAUAUUUGGGACGUCGCAGGGAUACCUGUGGCAGCCUUUUGUUCAAGAUAAUCCAUGCAUCGUUUUUGCUGCCAGGAAAUGAGACAAAAUGUGUUUUGGGACUUGGGUUGUGUUUCAUAGGUUCCCACUGUUAAAAUACCGUCCCUUCCAUCCCCAUUCAGGUUUGCAUAGAAAAAGAACAUCCAGUGGUUUUGCAAAGUUAGAAUUGAGUCAUACUAAGACUUAAGAAGAGAAGCUAUAUUUCAUGUCUUAAUUGUUGAAAGGAACAGAAAGGAAAGCUUUAGCUGAUUUUGUUCAAACUUUUUUUGAAAAGGGCAGGAGGUAUUGAAAGAAGUACUUUUGGGUUGAAAAUCAGAAAUGGCGCAGAUAGUAUAUCUACAUGUGAACUUAUACCUGCUUGAUCUGCUAAAUUGUCAUUUAUCCAUUCUAAUGCUAAGACCCAUAUCCCCAUAAAAAUGUAAUAACUAAAAUAGAAUAAAUAAAAUCAAUGUGUUGAAAUAAAAAUGAUGUGCAAAUUGGUGGCAGCGAUACUGUUGAAAGGUGGGGAAUAAAAUGUUGAUGCCAAGGAAAUGCUGCAGAAAUGAUUUGGUGUGGGUAAUGUAUCUCCUUUAAGUAUAAACAAUUAUACAUUUAAAAAAAAUUAAUGUUUGGAGUGAACACAUUUUGAAUUCUCAAAUUAAGUAUGUGUUUAUCUAGACUAUAGUGUUAAAAGUUGUAUGCGCAUACAACAUAUAUUAGGCCCUAUGCGAUGUAUUUCAAAAUACACAAAACAGUGAAAGUAUAAAGAUUAAUUUUGAACUUUUUAUGUUAGAUUUGAAAGGCAAAGCAAUGUUGCCUACAAUCAGUUAAAAACUCCUACUAUGUAUAUUUAAUAGUUGUGACUAUAUCAUAUUGUACUCUAUCGCAAUUAAAUUGAGUCAAAACAGUACACAGAUUAACUGUUUUAAAAAUAUUGCAGUUUUUGCCAGUGAUCAACUUGGAUUGUUUAUAGAAAUAUAUUCAUAGUGUACUCUUAUUUACCCUAACCUUAUCAACUCCUUCAAAAUCCAUCCCCCAUUUCGGGGGAUUUGGGCAGAUAAGCCGUUUGUACCAAGUCCAUCAAAAUCCACCAGAACCAGUGGUGGAUUUCAAUGGAUUUGGUCCUGAAGCAUUCUGUGAAGCAGAGUGAGUGAUGGAUUUUGAUGGACAUGGUCUUCUACUUAGUCAAACUAGGUACGGAGUUAGCAAUAAGGUGGGGUCACUGCAUGGACAUUUUGCAGUUUACUUGUGAAUGUUGCUAAAAAAACACUAAAAAAAACCACUUGGGAUUGUUUUGGGGAAGAUUUUGGAUAACUUAUUCUAUUGAUACAAUGUGUUAUCACUUUGUCAGUUGUGUACAAAGUCUACAGUGAGUCUUGGAGUACGAUAGUCAUUCAUGAUGCUGGAUUGGUAUUGGACACUUUUCAACAUACGUGUAUAUGCAAUAACUGACCACCUAAUAGUUCUUACAGGGUGUAUCAUAACAUGGCAAUCCAAAAACGGGUUUGUAGUUCUAAGUUUUGAAACUGUUGGAAUGAUUGCAUUUUCAUCAUUUUUCCGUAAUACCAAACUAGCAUCUUUGUAGAUGUAUAAGUUCAUAAACAACUACAUGCGAGUUCCACCGAUACUUCAUACGAAGGGACAUACAACAUGUACCAAAGUUGUAUUUCAUGCUAAUUUGUUGUGUUUAAUUUGUGGUAGCUGUAAACAAUCUCAUUUCGUAUUUGUGUGAAAAAAAGGAGAUACGGUUUCUUUGUGUCCAUAGAAACGGGCUCAUCUUAAAGACACAAUAUUUAAGCUGAAGGCAAGGCAAUUAGCAUAGUAGAGCUGGUCACAGAGUGCACAGAAUUCUAUUCAAUUGAUUCAGACUGGCUAUUGACUGGAAGUCUUUUCAUGCAUGUGUGUCCAUAAUGGUCCAGAUUUAGCAUAUUCAUUGGCGUUACGGGGUAAUCCUAUAUGAUAGCACUGCCCGGCUCACCAGGACACUAGGCUGGCCCUCUGGGACCAGCAAAAUAUUUGCCAGUGUGAAAAAUAUUUGGCAAAAUUAAAAUCACAAAGAAAUACUGAUGUCAUUCACGCCGUAUUGGACACUAAAAAGCAACUUACAUAAAUUUAAUUAACGUGUCUUUUUUUUAGAUCAUGAGAGUGGUUUGCACUGAUACAGCAUUGUAACCAUAUUCAGCUGCUUUGUUUUAUUAAUUUUGUUACCAAUUUUAAUUGUACCAAAGUUUUGUUUGAAGUAAAUCUUCACAUUUGCAGAAUAGAUGCACAUAUGUUUCCUGAUUAGCCUGGUGCCAGUUAAUGUCACUCAACUCCUUUGUGUUUUUAACACUCGCUUUGGGACACUAGACCGGUUGAUUACAAGGGGCAUAUAUGCAUAUCUUUUUUUCAACAUUUUGCUUUGAUUUUAUCACUGUUGAUCCCAUUAAAAUGUUUGUUUUACUCUUUUUUCGUAUAUGCAAUAUUCUCUGUAGAUUGUAGCCUGAAAUUUUCUGGACUUGCCAAAUGAAAAAAAAAAAAUCCAAUGUGAACUACAUGUACUACAUAUACCCUUUCUUUAACCUAUAAUAAGAAAUUCUUUCUAAAAGUAAAAUUUGUUGUUGUUAAAACCAUAGAAUGUUUGCGCUUGAAGUGCGAGUGUGGAUUUAAAUCCUUUCUUUUCUCUUAAAGAGUGCAGAUGGCUCCUGUGUGGAAUUAAGCCCAAACAAUAGGCACCAAGUGUAUGUUUUGCUGUAUUUGUUGGUUAUGAACAUUGAUGAGUUUUGUCCUCAAUAAACGUAACAAAUUAUAAAUGAUUCAGACAGUAAUUUGCACUAUCGGUAUAUAGCUUAAUUUAAGCUAAGCUCAAAUAUUUGCUUACAAAACGUUACCAGAGCUAAUUCUCAAGAAGGUAUUAAGCAGAAGAAACAAAUCGCUCUGCAAGUUUUGGCUAAUACACUGACAUUUUGGCCAGUAUCGGCCAAUGUGCUGAGCAAAUAUUCUUAAUAGCAGAUUCUUGCAUGCUGCAUAAGAGUUCGUCUAUGGCUCCAUAGCUCAGCUCCAUCUUGCAUCAGGAACACAACUAGUAAGCGGCCAAUUUGGGGAAACUUCCAUCAGUUCCAAUACUACAAGUCUGAGAUCGUUGAAGCUGAAGGCACAGUUCGGGGACAAAGCUGCGGUUUGGAAAAUGGCCUCGUCUGCCAUCAUAAGUCGGGAUGUACAUGGUCACACCUCAGACAUCUCUAGUUGAUGAAACUCAAAUUUCUUGAGAGAGAAAAUCAGUCAUAAUAAAGAUUGACUAUUGCUGUCAUCAUUUUAGAGAUUCUGACAAAGAUGGCCUUUGUGAAAAGAUGUUCAAAUGUUUUUGAGUUUGCAGGUUUGGUUUGAAUGUGUGCUAAUUGUGUUUGUGUAAGAUCCAUAAUGAAAAAUGGCUUAGUAAUAACACGGAUACUAGUUUAGACAUUAAAAAUGACAUGCAAAGUAA